AUGAAAUAUAUCAGCAAUAAAAGAGAUAUCAACCAAGAAGAAAAGGGAGAAGACCAACGAUUAUCAAAAGUAGAAUACACAGUAAAGGGGUUCACCAAUAGUAAGCAAGCAAAAGAAUCAACCAUCAGCAACCAUUCGGGGGGGUUCUCGGGCCUCCCCGUCCAGCCUUCUUUCCCCAACUGGCGAUCGUCUUCUCCUCACCAACUCAACAUUCUCCUCAACCUCCCUUUAUUGUCUCUGUCAAACAACAUUAGGUUCCACAACUUCUGGUCCGACUCAUGGGGGCCUAACCCUUCAAACUCCGAUGAAGCCAUAGCUCUGGUUAACAAGUUCUUGCGAAAAGCGCCUCCUCUUGUUCCUGUGUACAGAAACUGCUAUAUCCCUUCCAAGCCGAACGUGCAAGGAAACCCUGUUUUCUACGUCGAUGGCGAGCAAGUUAGAAUCAUGAGUAAUGAUAUUACUAGCACGGAGGAUUGCAUUUUGGACAGAGGUGGCGGAGAGGGGGAGGAGGGUAGUGGUGGCGCGUGGGAUCACCGGGGGUGGUGGAAUCGGAGUGACGUGGAGGAGAGGAAUUCGAGGUUAGGGGCAUGUUUGGAGGAAGGGUUUUGGAGAUUGAGGAAGGGUGGGUGGACGGAGGAGGAGGUGAGAGAUAUGAUGAUGAUGAUCGACGACGACCUUGAUCUUAACGACCGAGGGACUCGAUUUGUGAUGGACAACGAGGAUGCGGAGUGGCACGUGAGGGUCUUGUCCAUUGUGUUAUUACGUGCGGGAUGGACUAGGGAAGAUGUUGUGUACUCUCUUAAUCUCCAAAAUGUUAUUGACGACGACGAUGGGGAAAUCAUGAAUUGA